CUUGCGAUCGUUGUGCUCGGACUGACAGCUCGUUCGCUCCCGGUGUAGCCGUUACCUCGGUGGCUUUACUACCGGCUGUUUGAAUGGUUUAGCGGCGGAAAACAAGGCGCAACUGGGAUGCGAGUAUUAUAAAACUCGAGUUAGGCUCCAGUGAAAAAGAGAAACAGAAGCCACACUGCUCGGGAGUGAGAAAAGGUGAGAAGCUGAGUGAGUGAGGGAGCCAGUGAGAGAAGGAACCAGAGAGAGAGAGAGAGAGAGAGGCCAUGGAGCAUCAGAGACAGAGGACUCUCUCCACAUCAGGAGAAUCACUGUAUGCCGUGCUCGGAGUCGACAAGAAUGCCACAUCGGAGGACAUCAAGAAGUGUUACAGGAAACUGGCAUUGAAGUUCCACCCAGAUAAGAACCCAGACAACCCAGAUGCAGCUGAAAGGUUUAAGGAAAUCAACAACGCUCACUCCAUCCUGGUCGAUGACACCAAGAAGAACAUCUAUGACAAAUACGGCUCACUGGGGCUCUAUGUGGCAGAACAGUUUGGAGAAGAGAACGUCAACACCUACUUUGUUCUGUCCAGCUGGUGGGCGAAGGCCUUGUUCGUCUUCUGCUGCCUGGCCACAGGCUGUUACUUCUGCUGUUGCCUGUGUUGCUGCUGUAACUGUUGCUGCGGUAAAUGUAAACCUCGGCCGCCCAUGGACCAGGAGCCCGAGUUUUAUGUCUCACCCGAGGACCUCGAGGCCCAGAUGACUGCUGAUGAAAGAGAUGGCGAGCCCAUCGUGAUGCAGCCGUCUUCAGCCACGGAAACCACCCAGCUCACCUCUGAUGCCCACCACAGCUACAAGACCGACACAUACUAGAGACACACAUCCAGAGCUCACACCUACAGUUCACCACACAGCGACAAUAUCAACAGAAAAUACACACUCACACAAACACAUGCAACAGGCUCUACCACAAUCACAGGACUGAUGCAUAUGCUGCACACUUUCACAUUUUUAACACGGUUCAUCUGUUUCGUUCGCCAUCCACAUGCAGAAACAAAAAUAAAAGCACAGCCCUGCAAAAACUACUGACCGUCACUCUGACAGUUAGAAUGAGCUCAGCCCGGGUGUUUCUCUCUUUUUCAAAUUGAGGUAAAUGAGGGGAGAAGGAGGGACGAAACCUGGAGGAGAAUGCCAAAAACACAAGCACUGAAUUUAAGGUUUAAGUCUGGAUGCUAGAAUUAGACAUGAGUGAUCUCACAGUAAUAUACAGAGUGUCCCAAAAAGCUUAACAUCUUUUUGCAGGCCAAUAAUUUUGGCAAUUCUUGUUGAAAUAACCUCAAAUUUUCACAGAAUGUAUAGAAACAGAUCAAGAUUUUAUAUUUGAUGUUUUAUUUUGCUUCUUGGAAUAUGCUGAUGUUGAUGAUGGUCUACCAGAUCCUUUAGCCCUGCAUAAGCAGCCUUCCUCUUUAAUUUUUUUGCACCAAGUCCAAAUUUGUUUGCUAGUUGGUGAAGUUAUUCCAAAUUUUGCAUUGAAGGCAUGCUGCACAGUCUUGGGUGACUGUGUGCGAGCAUAUUCCAAGACGCAAAAUGACUCCUCUCUGGGAGUGACCGGCAUGGCCCACCCUGAAAACCGAACAAAAAUAAAACAUUACAUAUAAAAUCUUGAUGUGUUUCUGUACAUUCUUUGAAAAUUUGAGGUUAUUUCAACAAGAAUUGCCCAAAUUAUUGGCCUGCGAAAUGAUGUCAAAUUUUUGGGGAUUCCCCGUACACUGUAAAAGUGAACAUUACUGUUUUGUGUCCCUGUUUGCUGUCAGGAAUGUAGGCAGCAAAUAGGGACACAAACGGUAGUGACCAUGUCCAAGCAUGCAGACAGGCUUGCUAAAUGCAGUCCUGAAAUACAAAAGUGAAAAAACAGCACAACUGAUAACAAGUAUCUUUCUACAAGUUUGAGGAAUGCAUCUAAACUGAGGGAAACUAAGCGACCACAGAUGAAACAAGACUAACACUACUUGAAUAUUUUGUUCACGUGAAACAAACUCUAUCACUCACAGGUGAGGCAUAAAAUGUCGUUCCCACUCAUUACAUUUAGUAAAACCUUAUUCAGACAUGGGAUGUGCAACAUUACUGCUUCAUCAGUCUGUUAAAGUGACGACAUUCUGUCAGUUGGAAGCAAGAAAUUGAACUUUAGCUCUUGUUAAUGUUUCAUUAAAACCCAGAUUACAUUCACUGCUGGUGAGUCUCAUUAAUAUGGUUGCGCUACAGUCUUUAUUGUAGUAAACUUAUAUUUUUAUGGACAUUUUAGCUUGUAAUGGAUGUGAAACUCAGAAUUUGGCACCGUUAAACUGAUAUUUAAAUGCUACUAGGUCAGACUUAGUAUAACUGCCAUCGAGACAGAAAAAUUACCAGGAUGCUUGUUUUUGCAUGAAGACGCUGUCAGAUCAACAGCAGGUUAAACCUCUCCUAUUGUACACUCUUUCUUGUGAUCAUGAGCACAAUCCUGUGAAAACUAAAAUGUUAAGAGGAGGUUGUUUUUGCUUUGUUGUUGCAUAAUUUUUAAACUUAAGGAUGUACUUCAGAAGCAAUAUUGUGUACGUUUCCAUUUUUGUUGUAGCUGCACAGUCCAGUUUUUUUCUUUUCUACAGUUUGCACAGACCAUCCAGCCGUAGCCCAACCUUUAUGAUGCGUUCUGCAUGUAUGCGUUGAAGAUAUCGCUGCCAAAUAUUCAAAUACACAAAGCAGACAUCCUGUGUGGCCCAAAGACCAAAGGAUGAUUUUUUUUUUUUUUUUUUAGUGGCUGAAUCAUAAUCAACUCUUAUUCUAGUCAAUACUACUUUGCGUAAUGCGCUGGAAAGUUUGGAUGGAGCUGUUAUUUAUCAAAUGAUCUCACAAAUCUGUGCCAUUCCUCUGGAUAGGCUUUCAAAUCUGCAGAUGGGUUUUAGGGUUUGGAGGGUUAAAAAAAAUCCAGAUUUUUUUUAUUUGUGAAGUUUUUAUCUGCUGGUAAAGACAUUUUCCGUUAAGCUUGCUAGGAAAGACUUCCCUCUCAGCUCUGUUCUGGCUGGAAGUAGGUCAGUGAUCCUGUGUGACUUUUCAGUGAGGAGUUGAUAGGACUGGGUGGGGUGGGGGUGUUUAUUUGUCCUCAAUACCCUCAUGAACAUUAGAAGAGCCCCGCUCAGUGAGGAGCUUUUAAACAGGUGCCGCUCUGACUCGCUUCUUUUUAAAAACCAGACAGAAUAAUUAAAUCAGUUCAAGAUGUGAGCUGAUGAUUGUUGGUAAAUGCGGCACCCGGAAUGUUGUGUUCCAUGAUCAGCCAUACAUGAGGUCAGAUGUAAAAGAAAUGCGUUCUAAUUCUACCGUGUUCCUCGUGGGAACACUGGAAACACUGCAGCUGCUGGGAGUGAAUCUGAACCAGCUUUGGCACGCGUCAUCACGACUGAACAAAUAGCUGGAAACCGUCACCAGCCAGCAGACCAGCAACAGUGCUAACUGUAUCUGUUGUGCUUCCCAGCUGCAUCGCUAACCUGUCUUCUACUUAUCUAUUAGUCAUAUUAGUCCCUGAAACAGCUGCAAAAGUUUCUCUCUGAUUUGUUUUAAUUCUCCUCCUCUUCCAUCGCUUCUUCUCUCCUCCACUUCUUUUUUUUUUUUUUCUUUACGUUCAACCUCAAAUCACUUUUUCUACCACAUUUGAAGGGUUCGACUCCCUGGUUCGCACUGAAAGAGUCCAGUGUUAUUAGUAGACUUUACCUACAUAUUUACAUACAUACACACUGAUUGAGUCCCUUUUUUGUUUGUUUUUAGUUUUCAUUUUUGUUUUGUGAGAAGGUAAAAAAAAUUCUGUACAUGUCGUGUAAAGUGUAAAUUUAGAUUUCCCUGUAUUAACUUUUUUUUGGUUUUGUUUUCCUCUAUCUGUCUCUAGAUUUGCUUUUCAUUGUUUCUGUUUUUUUUUCUGAUUUAUGUUGUUAUCGAAGGGAGGAUAUUGAUAUCCAAAGUCUUAUUUGUCCACGUGGCCACAGUUUAGUAGUCAUUAUAGCAACUGGAGAGCAUUUCACUGCAAUCACACUAGUUAGCCUAAACUUUAUUUUUCCUUUUUGGUAGUUCUUUAUUUGUCACACAAUGGUAGCAGUCCAGUAGAAGGAAAGUACAAGAACUGUGUGGUCGUUUGUGUCAGUAAUUUAAUUUUUGUACAAAGAAAAAACAAACAAAAAAAAGCACCUGCACUGAACCAAACAGGCUGAUUCGUUCAUUGUAUUUUGACUGCUCAAUCAAACAGGCACUCGUUAUGUAUUUAUACAUAUCAUGAGAAAGUGCAAUAGGAGCUUAUUGAGUCUCUCCCACGGCGGUCCUCCACUCCGAGACUUCCGAUCAGUUUGCAAAGUUUUCAGGGAAUCUGCAGGUUAAUGAUAAAAUAUCAGCUCAGUUUGAGGCCCCAAGAAGAAGAAUGAAGUUAUUUCCCCUCCCAGAACCAGAGAAAAGUUAAUACAACUUGCGAUCAAGACAUUUAAGCUUCAUGUUCUCCCGUCAGAGUUCAAUGUUUGAUUUUUGUCACAUUUUAAUAUUCUUUGUUCAAGUUCAGAUUUGGAUCUUGAAUGAAGGAUUUCAGAAAAAUAUUCUUUUUAGGGCUUUUAAAUGAGUUUUCAUGAAACCUGCGUCUGCUCUGUUUUAACCAAACAUCUCUCGACUGAUUAGUUUUGUGCUUUUUGUCAUUGAAAUGCCACACUGUUAAAUCACAAAUUUGUUUAUUUCUCAUUUCUGACCAAACAGUGUCUGAGUGAAUGCGGCGUGAAGCCUGGAAUCCGUAAACGUGGAGUCGAGACUCUUUCAUUAUUAAACCCAAAACAAUGACAUUAAUAACAAGAGCUGAUUUAUGUGUGAAUAUAGCGACCAGAUGAUGAUAAUAUUGAAGCAUUAUUUUAUUUAUUUUAUUUUUCUUAUCUUUUUAAUAACUGAUUAACUACUAGCUGGUAUGUUAAGGGGAUGUAUAGAAUUUUAGAUGUGAACCAUUUUGGCAUUGAUGUGACAAAAUGGCCGACCUGCUGUAUAUACUCGCAGUGGCACAGUACAUAGAGACGUAGAGGAUUUCUGUUUUUAGCAUGGACCGAUGAUGUGUGCGUCUGUCAGGCAGACGUGUGGGUAAAUGAAGUAUCUGAUGUACUGUUGUAAAAUAAAUGUUUCUGAUGCUUCAGA